CUUUGGGGGGAUUUAUUUUGCGUUUCCAAACUGCUUCUGCCUGUCGGCGCCUGUGUGGAAACUGCGACGAGUCUGGGAGCGGCUGCCGGAGAGGCGGGGCAGAGGUGUGACGUCAUCGCCGCGGGGCGGAGGCGACAGUGUCUAGCGGGAGCUCCGCGUGUAGCUACGCCGGCCUCCUGGCUUUGAGACAGCGUGAUUCUCCGCAGCUGGCCGCCUACCCGUGAUGUUCUGCCCACGUCGAGUCCUGAGCUGAAAUGGCAGACGAUCUCGGAGACGAGUGGUGGGAGAACCAGCCGACUGGAGCAGGCAGCAGCCCAGAAGCAUCAGAUGGUGAAGGAGGAGGAGACACAGAAGUGAUGCAGCAGGAGACAGUUCCAGUUCCUGUACCUUCAGAGAAAACCAAACAGCCUAAAGAAUGUUUUUUGAUACAACCAAAGGAAAGAAAAGAGAAUACCACCAAGACCAGGAAAAGAAGAAAGAAGAAAAUUACUGAUGUUCUUGCAAAAUCAGAACCAAAACCAGGGUUACCUGAAGACCUACAGAAGCUGAUGAAGGACUAUUAUAGCAGCAGACGCUCGGUGAUUGAAUUAGAAGAACUGAACCUGCCAGACUCCUGUUUCCUCAAGGCCAAUGAUUUGACUCACAGUCUUUCCUCAUACCUAAAAGAAAUUUGUCCUAAGUGGGUAAAACUUAGGAAGAACCACAGUGAGAAGAAAUCGGUCCUGAUGCUGAUCAUCUGCAGCUCGGCCAUCCGAGCCCUGGAGCUCAUUAGGUCGAUGACAGCAUUCAGAGGAGACGGCAAAGUUAUAAAAUUAUUUGCAAAGCACAUAAAGGUCCAGGUGCAGGUAAAGUUGCUGGAGAAGCGUGUGGUGCACCUGGGUGUAGGAACUCCGGGGAGAAUUAAAGAACUUGUUAAACAAGGUGGCCUUAAUUUGAACCCCUUAAAAUUUCUGGUUUUUGACUGGAACUGGAGAGAUCAGAAGUUGAGGAGAAUGAUGGACAUUCCCGAGAUAAGAAAGGAGGUAUUCGAACUUCUGGAAAUGGGAGUGCUCAGUCUGUGCAAGUCAGAAUCCUUGAAACUGGGCCUUUUCUAAGUCUGUGUCCUAAUGAAGAUUCCAGUUUUCACAGUAGAAGUUGCAUCUUAUUUAAUGACUCUGAUACAUUGCAAGCACUCAGUAAAUAUCAGCAAAUAGUUUAUGUUAAUUGUGUCAACAGAUGGAUCACUGGAAUGUGGGGAUUCUGAAACAGAAAUGAAACUGUCCUUUUGACAACUCUCUUAUAUAAUAAAGUAUCACCAGCUUGUGUAUGA